UCUGACGCAGUGUUAAUCUAGGCGUUGCUGCUGUUUCACUCUUGAGCAGUAAGGACUAGUUUGCGAGAGAUCACAGGCAGAGAGAUGAGCGAGGCACAGGGAUGAGACAUUGGCCGCUGUUUGAUUUCAUGCUAUUUUUUUGAUAAUAGGACGCGAUUGGAUGCCACGAUACUAGAGAAUGUGCUGGCGAGGCCAGCCCAACCGCCUGUGUUCUAAAAUGGAUUUGAAAUUGCGGUAGGUUUCCCUGUUCAUUGUGCGGUCCGCGGCCGUAGAUAAAGAUGCGUGAAGCACUGCUGGCCAAGUGCAGUAUUGAUUCGAUUGAAAAGCAUGAUGUUUUCUUGUUCUUGCUCGAAAUGGAAUUACUGUCGUUUUCUCUGUUGUUUGGAUUGUUCAUGAUAAGAACACUAAUCGAUGACACAAGGGCACCUAGACCACCACAUUGCCAGGAUAAUUGAUGAUUCCUCCCAAUGAAAACAAGGUGUCGGUCUGCAAAACCAUGGGGGACAAGGAUAACAAUCUCAAAACGGCUAAAUUGUGGAGAGAUGCUGCUCUCCGUUCUAGGAAGCUGCGAAGCAACCAGCGACAGCUCACACUCUGCUCCCAAAACAGGGAGAAGAUCAUUCUACCUGAAAAUAUAAGCGAUAUAGAGGUACUCAAUCUGGGCAAUAACUCGCUGCACGAGCUACCAGAAGGAUUGGGGGCAACCCUCACAAACCUGCGUAUCCUUAUCCUCCGCAGGAACAAAUUUGUCACAGUUCCUUUUGUGGUGUUUGAACUGGGUCCUCUUGUGGAACUGGACAUGAGCCACAACUGCUUGGGCCACUUCUCUGAGGACAUAGGCCUGCUGAAGGGGCUGAAAAAGCUCUGCAUCAGUCACAACAACAUCCAGUACCUGCCAUCACAGAUUGGGGCACUGCAUUGUUUAGAGGAGCUGGACAUAAGCUUCAAUGACAUAUGUGAUUUCCCCAGGUCCUUCUCACAGCUCAAGAGGCUCCGUUCUCUGGAUGCUGAUCACAACAAGCUGAACCAGUUUCCCCCAGAGAUUCUUGCCCUCAGUGACAUGGAGGAGCUCGACUGCUCUGGGAAUACGUUUGCGUGUCUACCAGAGGACAUCACUAAGCUGCAGUCCAUCAAGAACCUGUGGCUCAGCAGCAUUCACAUCUCCACGUUACCAGACACGUUCUGUCACCUGCACAACCUAGAGAGCCUGAUGCUGGACAGUAACAACCUCACAGCUCUGCCUCAUUCCUUUGGAAACCUGCAGAGACUUAAAAUGGUCAAUCUAUCCUCUAAUGAGCUAGAGGAGUUUCCCCAGGUUAUCCUAAACAUCACAGGACUAGAAGAGCUUUACCUGAGUAGAAAUAAACUGUCUUUUGUUCCAGAGGAGAUAGGCCAGCUGCGUAGGCUGGCAAACCUCUGGUUAGACAAUAAUAACAUUACUUAUCUGCCCGACUCCAUUGUGGAGCUAAAUAGAUUGGAGGAGCUUGUUUUACAGGGUAACCAAAUAGCCAUUCUUCCAGAUAACUUUGUAAAACUUUCCAAGGUAAACAUUUGGAAAGUGAAGGAUAACCCCCUCAUCCAGCCUCCCUAUGAGGUCUGUAUGAAGGGGAUCCCCUACAUCGGUGCUUAUCAAAAGGAACUCGCACAUUCCCAGCUGGCUGUGAAACCCAGGUUAAAACUGGUCCUGAUGGGAAUGAAAAACGCUGGGAAAACACAGCUCAGGCAGAGUGUUGUGAGUGAGCAGCAGGAUGCCAACUCUGCUCAGGGAAACAAAGGGGUUGAUGUGACUAACUGGGUAGCGGACGCCGAUCGCAGUCUUACAUUUUUAGUGUAUGACCUGUCAGGGAAGCCAAACUAUGACCUCAUCAAACCUUUUUUUCUCUCACCUGGUGCUCUGUACAUCCUCGUUGUGAAUCUAAAAACAUACUCACCCAAGAACUUUUACCCCCACGUGGGCUACUUCCUCCAUCUCCUCAAUGCCAAAGUGCCCCACGCUGUGGUCUGCAUGGUGGGCACGCACACAGACCUGUGUGGAGACAUGGAGGUGGAGGGGAAGAACCUUGAUAUCCACAGACAGAUUUCCCUGCAGGAGAAGUGGGACACCCAUUGCCUGCGGAGCCUUGCCCACCAGGUGGACCAGGCCCUGGAGCAGGGCUACAACGUCCGCACCUCCAGCCCUCGCAUCCUCUUCUACGGUGUCACAGACAAGAACCUGAGACGGAAGAAAGCCCAGCUGCAGUACAUGCUGAACCACAGGCUACAGAUCCUGUCCCCUGUCCUGUGUGUCAGCUGCACGGAGAGCCAGAGGAACAUCCAGAGGCUAAGGGAGAAGCUCAUGUCAGUGGCUGACCAUCGCGACAUAUUCCCCAACCUCCAUCGCGUGCUGCCCAAGUCCUGGCAGAUGCUGGAGGAGCUGCACUUUAAGCCCCAGGACCUGUGGCUCUCAUGGUGGGACUCGGCCCGUUUGGGCCUCCAGGCUGGGCUCACGGAGGACCGCCUGCAGAGUGCCCUGUCCUACCUACACGAGAGUGGGAAGCUACUCUACUUCGAGGACAGCCGGACACUAAAGGAGUAUGUCUUUCACAACCUGCCACGCUUCAUUGCCAUCCUCAAUGUCUUCUUCCAGAGGGAUGAGUCCACGCUGCUGGAGAGACUACUGUCGGACAGUGAGAAGGGGGACAAGAGGAGGACCAGUGUAGUUAUAGAUGGGGAGAAGGGAGAGAACCUCAGGGCUACCCAUCUACAGCACCAAGUGGAGGGCUUCCUCAGCCACGGCCUCCUGCCUUCUAACAUCAUCCGGCUGCUCCUGAGACCUCUCAUCCAAACCCAGCAGGACCUCCACCUCAUCAUGGAGCUGCUAGAGAAGAUGGGGGUCUGCUACUGCAUUAACAAGCCGCGCAGCAAGCCUCUGAACGGGGCCACCGUCUGGUACAAGUUCCCCAGCUAUGUCAGCAAUGAGGAGCCCCAUGCCGAGGCCUGGGUGAACGGCAGCUCAGUGGCUGCUAGUCAGUUCUUCUCUGUGGAGCAGCUGCAGAUUGAAUACAGCUUCCCCUUUCUCUUCCCUCCUGGACUGUUUGCACGCUACAGUGUGCAGAUCAACAGCCAUGUGGUUCAGCGGUCAGACGGGAGGCACCAGAUCUUUGCCUAUCGCGGUAAAGUGCCUGUGGUGGUCAGUUACCAGCCGGCUCGGGGCAGGCUGCAAGCCGAGUCACUGUCCAUAGCCAGCCAUGCCUCCCUGCCAAAUAUCUGGACUGCUUGGCAAGCGAUAAUCCCACUGGUUGAGGAGCUGAAUGUCCUUCUGCAGGAGUGGCCCGGGCUCUACUACACUGUUCAUGUACUGUGUUCCAAGUGCCUCAAGAGAGGGUCACCCAAACCACACACCUUUCCGGGUGAGCUGCUAAGCCAGCCGCGCCCCGAGGGGCUGACUGAGAUCAUCUGCCCAAAGAAUGGUUCGGAGCGGGUCAACGUGGCACUGGUUUACCCCCCUACGCCCACUGUGGUCAGCCCCAGCCUCAAAUGAUUCCUUCUGCCUAGCCUCUACUGUCCUGUCCUGUCUGACUGUAACCUCACGCUGCCUGCCUCUCUAGCCAACUCUUAAGUCUAAACACCACACCCCAGCUCUCCCUCUGAAUCUCCUCAACCUACCCAGGCAGCAGUCUGGACACAUAGCCAUGCAAGGUCACAUAGAUAUGCACUGUCAGCUGGAUGGAGCAGAGCAGAUAACUGUUGUCCAGCUGUUACUACAUGCCUCACCAUGAUGACAAAGAUGGUAUUAAAGGACUUUGGCUGAAAGCAAACCUGGGUUGUUUUUAAGACCCAUACAAGCCAUCAACAAGCAGUGUCUUUUCCAACUGUCCUACUCUCUAACUGCCCUCAAACUCUACCAAACCUCUGCCUACAACCUACUCAAGACCAAACACAGGAAAUCAACCUAUCCAUGCUAUGAAUUCAACAACAAGAGAGAUGAGUGGGCAAAAAUGGACUGGUUUCUCUCUUUACUACUUAGUGGUGUCAUGAAAUGUUGGAAACCUCUUGGCUGGACUGCAACCCAUUCUAACUUCCAGUAAUGCUGCUUAUCCUGUCCACAUGUCAAGGUUGUGAUUGAUGAACGUAGGAAAGAGAACUGACUGAACCUCCUACGUUAUCAUGCUGUUUGUAAACCAAAUACUGUCUUGUAUAGCCAAAUACAUGAACCACAUACUCCUGAACACACAUUACCCAUGUAUAGACCUUAUUAUUUGCUUUAGCCUUUGCGAAUGGACAGCUGUAUCAUAUGAAGUAAAUGCUGGGUCUUACAUAUUAUGACAGACAUACAGAACAAAAAUAUAAAUGCAACAUGCACCAAUUUCAAAUAUUUUACUUAAUUACAGUUCAUAUAAGGAAAUCAGUAAAUUGAAAUAAAUGAAUUGGGCUCUAAUCUAUGGAUUUCAAAUGACUGGGAAUACAAAUAUGCAUCACAGAACUUUAAAAAAAAUAAGGCCAUGGAUCUUCAAACCAGUCAGUAUCUGGUGGAUAUUCCUGCAGUCAGCAUGCAAAUUGCAUUCUCCCUCAAUUUGAGACAUCUGUGACAUUGUGUUUUGUGACAAAAUUGUACAUUUCAGAGUGGCCUUUCAUUGUCCCCAGCACAAGAUGCACCUGUGUAAUGAUCAUGCUGUUUAAUCAGCUUAUUGAUAUGCCACUCCUGUCAGGUGGAUGGAUUAUCUUGGCAAAGGAGAAAUGCUCACUAACAGGGAUGUAAACAAAUUUGUGCACAAAAUGUGAGAGAAAUAAGCUUUUUGUGUGGAUGGAAAAUGUGUUUUAUAUUUUUGUUGAGUGUAUUAUGUAAGAUCAGGGGACUGCCUUUAUGCCAAGGAAAUUCCAGUUCAGCUGGAUUUGAAAAGAUAUUUCAUUUUAACAUAUCCUGAUCAAACCAUGGUGUGAUGUACAUGUGAUAUGCCAUUUCAACUUCAGUAAGAAAGGUACUCGGUUUCUCAUUAGACUUGUUCAAAAAUGAUCAUUGUAUGUAAAUAAAAUAUAAUAAUGUUCUCUAAAGGAAACAGAAAGAGAAGACCUCUGUAGGUGUUGAGUUUUAAGUCUUCCUAAGACUAUUUGUGGUCAUGUUGGAAGAGAUGUUUUUUCACUGCUAUGGGGAGAUACUGCAAUAUGUUUAAAACAUGGAAGAAACAAGUUAAUACACCUUUUGUGUGUAAUAUCUUUAUUUUUGUACAACACAAGUUGUCACCACUCAACAUUAUUUACAGUGCGACGUUGUGCAUGGCUGUCUUGGCCAGUGUGAGAGUGUACAUACAAUUUUAUAUGUAGCUGGUCAAACCAUCUCCCAACACAACAUAUAAAGCACAACAUACAAGUAUGCCAACUACUGGUUUUAAUAUUACCAUAUUGUUGUGUCUUUUUCAUUUCACCUUUUUUGUCCCCAAUUUCGUGGUAUCCAAUUGGUAGUAGUUAGUCUUUUCUCAUCGCUGCAACUCCCGUGUGGACUCGGGAGAGGCGAAGGUCGAGAGCCAUGUGUCCUCCGAAACACAACCCAACCUAGCUGCACUGCUUUUUGACACAACGCACAUCCAACCCGGAGGCCAGCCGCACCAAUGUGUCGGAGGAAACACCGUACACCUGGUCGACUGGCCCGCCACUCAAGACAAGGAUAUCCCUGCCGGCCAAACCCUCCCUAACCCGGACGACGCUGGGCCAUGGACCUCCCGAUCGCGGCCGGCUACCAAGAAUCUCUGGUGGCACAGCUAGCAUUGCGAUGCAGUGCCUUAGACCACUGCGCCACCUGGGAGGCCCCAUCUUUUUCAUUUCUACUUUUUUUUACACACUACUACCAAAGAUUUUUAUAACUAAAUCAAGAUUGACCACAGCCUGUCUGUUAGGGAAGGCAUACAUAAUUCAAUUAGCCUUUUCCUUCCUAAAUAACAACAUUUUUUGAAACUUUCGUCAGAGAUUCUAGUUUUGGAAACAGAAAACUGUAUUGAGAUUAAAUGUUUAAUCGAUGAGAAAAUUACCAGAAUUUCGGCCAAAAUUCAUCUCGUUCCAUCUUCUCAUACUGCCAGCCAACUGGGCUUCCUCCAUGGUAACGCCAAGCUGAUGCUUCACAUUUAUACAUCAGGUGAAAUAUCUGUCCCAUUGUUCUAUCUCUGCUACUACUGUAGAUAUGAUGGCUCUAUGACCUUUAUGGGAAUAAUAUUUUGAUACUGCUCAAUGACUGUUUAUAUUUCUUGACAUUGAGGAUCACAACCAAUAACAUUUCUAAAAAUAAAAAUCACACAUUUUACAUAUU